CACAUCAUGGGCUGGUAACAAACAUAAGGACAACCUAGGGCUUGAUUUGCUCUUUUGACAGCCUAGCCUUGUUUUUUCCCUUCCUGCUGGAACUUGGUCCCCAGCUUGAAGUGUAUAGUUCUUUUUCCUAUGCCACUUUAAGCAACAGUCGUCUUUUUUUUUUUUUUUUUUUUUGCUUCCUUGUAGGGGGCCCUGGCACAAGCGCAAGUUUUAUUGGGACUCUAAUAGGAAAGGCACAGAAAUACAUUGUGGUGCUUUUGAUUGGAAAACUAUUCCGGACCGGGGAAUUGACUCUUGAGAUUGUGCUUUCAGCCUGUUAGUACAUGAGAGAGAUGGAAGCGCGAGUCUCCACCACCAUGACUACCAUAGUCGAGACCAAGAAUGACGUGAGCGCACAUCCCACACGUACAUCCAAACGCACCUUAACUGACGACCUAUACACCACGUUCAGCUCCCCCGUGGCCUGGAUUCUCGUGCUGGCUCUCGUUGUAACCUGGUCGACCGUGGCCGUCAUUAUGUUUGACCUUAUUGACAGCAAGGGUCUUGAAGCCCAUACAUUAUACUGUGACGACCCCUGUUUACCACCUGGACCUCAGCCACACCGUGUCAGGAAAACAUUAAAGGAAGCAGGCAGUCUUAGAGGAGGUAUUCAGCACAUCAGCCCUGAUCCCAUGAAGGCGGUGAGUGAAGCCAUGGAUGACACUACCGAUUGGAUAACAUCAACCUUGACUUUUAUGACUAAUUUGCUAGCACCGGAAGAGGAGGAGGAGGAAGGUGAGCGUCAUUUUAUGAGGAAAAAAGAAUUCUUGCCACCGAGGAAAAAAGUUGCAGAGAUAUGGGCCAAGGAGAUGUUAGAAGAGGAAGGGGAUUAUGAGGAGGAAGAGGAUGAGGAAGAGGAAGAUGAGGCGCUUGCUGAUGAAGAGGAGGAGGAGGAAGAAGAAGAAGAAGAAGAAGAAGAAGAAGAAGAAGAAGAGGAAGAAGAAAGUGAUGAGGAGAUCAAAGAGGAUGGAGAAGAAGAGGAGGAGGAAUUAGCAAAGGAAGCAGUGGUGGAGGCAGAGGGAAAAGAAGAGGGGGCUGAAGAAAAGGACAAAGAGAAAGCUGAUACUAAGGAAGAAAAGGAAGAUGAAGAGGAGGAAGCGGCAGCAGAAGCUGUGCAGAAGGAGGAGGAAAAAGAAAAUGAGGAAGAGGAAGCUGAUGCUGAGGAGGAAGAGGAACAUGAAGAGGAAACUGCUGCUGCUCCUGCUGUCAAAACGAAAUAUACUUCGAUCCCUGCUGAACCUGAUGAGGAGAAAGAAGAAACUACAGAACAAGUCACUUCUAAAGGAACUGAGGCAGCUGAUGAGGAGGAGGAGGAGGACAAAACUGAUGUAGAUAAAGAACCACCUGAGGAAGAAAAUGGAAAAGAAGAUACUCCUGCUGAUGAUAAAGAUGAUGACCAAAAAGAAGAAUAAAAAGUACAAAGAAAGAUGAUGAUGAUGACCAACAAGAUGACAUAUACAUCCAUUGCUGUUGGUAUUAUAGCUGAUGCUGGUGUUACAGUCGCUGAUGCUGAAGUGCAAGAAACUGGUGAGGAAUCUAUACUUCUUAAAGCUGAUGGCGAUUCAAAGCUAUUAACAACCAUAGAAGAGAGUGAUGAUGCAGUGGCUGAUUUAGCUGACUCACAAGAUGGCUUGAGCGCUACUGAUAUCCCAUUUGAUGACCUUGAUAAUAAGAUAACAAAAGAGCUAGCUGACGAUCAUGGUGGGGUUUCAGAAGACAGUCUUAAAGAUGAGACUGGUGCUGGAAUGAUAGAAGCUGACUCUGAGAAAGAUAUAACAAGUGAAGGUGAGGGUGUUAUUGAGGAGCCUGAGCUAGCUGAUGAUGUUGCAGAUAAGGAGGAGCAGGAGGAAGAGGGAAAAGAG